GCCCAUGAUGGGACAGCUCAGGAAAACAUGGUACAGCUGGUUCUGGCCCUGGGCGGGGAGGAGGGGGCUGAGGUGGUGGCCGGGCGUGAAGCCCAGGUGAGGAGAGAUGCCAGGGUGGCUGCCAGCGAGGCAAGAAGGGCCAGCACAGUGAGACAGUGGGUGGAGGCGGCCCUGGGGCUGCUGGAGCACUUGGUGGCCGCGUGUGACGAAGCUGCCGCGUUCCCUCGGGAGCUGCAGCGCAGGAUUGGGGACAUCGAGGCUGCCCUGGAGGGGACAAAUGAGGCAUCCCCCAAUGUCCCCGAGGCCUUGGUGGCCAAGGUGGCCGUGGCCGAGCGGCUGUGGGAGGCCAACGCCCGCCUGGCCAAGGAUCACCUGGAGGGGACACUUGACGACAUCAUCAACUUGUAUAUCAAUAGUGGUCCUGACAGCCCCAGUGGGGUGGCUGAGCGGUGCCAAAGAGCCAUCGAGGACAUCCCAAGGCUCCUUCGACCCCUGAAGCAUCCCCAAGGUGUCCCCAAGGUGUCCCCACUGUCCCCAACCCUGCAGCAGCCACAGGUCACCGUGGUGGCCACCCUGGGCGAGCUGCUGGCCGCCCUGCCCAGGCGGGACGAGGAGAUGCUGCCUGUGUCCACAUUGCGUCUGUACUGGGACCUGGAGGAAUUCACCAGGGCCCUCUGGGACACCCGGGACUGCACUGAUGACCCCUGGUGGCACUGAAAUGUCACCUCUGAUGAUGAUGACCCUGUCACCUCCCUGAGCCAGGCCCUGGCCACCUACAAGAGUGCCCCAUGGACCCCCUGGAGCCACAUGACAAUGGUGGCCAGCAAGUGGCAGGGGUCAGUGUCUGAGCUCGUGAAAAGCUGGGCCAAGCUGGCCAGGGCAGCCACCGAGCUCCGCAACACCUGCAGGGAGGUGGUCACUGAGGCAGCCACUGAGGCGGUCACCGCCACCACCCGGGCCAGGGAGCUGCAGGACGAGGCUGCCCGUUAUUGGAUAGAUCAGGAAAUCAUGAUGGAGCUGGGUCUGGCCAUGGACUGGAUUGAGCGGGCUGUGAUGGACACCGAGCAUGAGGCACAGGUGAGGAGAGAUGCCAGGGUGGCUGCCAGCCGGGCAACCAGGGCCACCAUGGUGAGACAGCGGGUGGAGACGGCCCUGGGGCUGCUGGAGCGCUUGGUGGCCGCGUGUGCCGAAGCCACUGCGCUCCCCCAGGAGCUGCAGCUCAGGAUUGGGGACAUUGGGGCCGCCCUGGAGGGGACAAAUGAGGCAUCCCCCAAUGUCCCUGAGGACUUGGUGGCCAAGGUGGCCGUGGCCGAGCGGCUGUGGGAGGCCAACGCCCGCCUGGCCAAGGAUCACCUGGUGGGGACGCUUCAAGACAUUGUCGACUGCUACUUCGGCUGUGUUCCCAACAACCCCCAUUGCCACAGGGUGGCUGAGUGGUGUCAAAGAGCCAUCGAGGACAUCCCAAGGCUCCUUCGACCCCCAGAGCGUCCCCAGAGUGUCCCCAAGGUGUCCCCAGUGAGCAUGGAACUCCAAAAGCUGUCCCUGGCCCUGCUGCAGCCACAGGUCACCGUGGUGGCCAUCCUUGGCGAGCUGCUGGCCACCCUGCCUAGUCGAGACGAGAUGAUACUGUUACUUAUGGCCCCAAGAUGGCUGUACUGGGACCUGGUGGACUUCACCAAGGAGUUCCAGACCACCCAGUACUGCUUUGAUGACACCUGGUGGCAAAAUGUCAUCUCCGAUGAUGAUGAUCCUGUCACCUCCCUGAGCCAGGGCCUGGCCGCCUGCAAGAGCACCCCAUGGACCACCCGGAUGCGUGUGACAAUGGUGGCCAGGAAGUGGCAGCGGUUGGUAGCUGUGCUUGUGGACAGGUGGGCCGAGCUGGCCAGGAAGGCCACCAAGCUCCGCAACACCUGCAGGAAGGUGGUCAAUGAGGCGGCCUACAGGGUGACUGCCGUCACUGCCCAGGGAAGGGACCUGCAGGACGAGGCUGCCCGUGAUGGGACAGCUCAAGAAAACAUGGUGGAGCUGGGUCAGGCCCUGGGCGGGGAGGAGGGGGCCGAGGUGCUUGCCAGGCAGGAAGACCAGGUGAGGACAGAUGCCUGGGUGGCUGCCAGCAAGGCAACAAUGGCCACAAAGGUGAGACAGCGGCUGGAGGUGGCCCUGGGGCUGCUGGAGCACUUGGUGGCCGCGUGUGACGAAGCCACCACGUUCCCCUGGGAGCUGCAGCUCAGGGUUGGGGACAUUGAGGCCACCCUGAAAGAGAUAAAUGAGGCAUCCCCCAAUGUUCCCGAGGCCUUGGUGGCCAAGGUGGCCAUGGCUGAGCGGCUGUGGGAGGCCAAUGCUCGCCUGAUCAAGGAUCAGCUGGUGGGGACACUUGAUGACAUCAUUGAUUUCUUGUUCACUGGUGAUUCUGCCAGCCUCAGUGCCCGUGAGGUGGCCGAGCGGUGCCAAAGAGCCAUCGAGGACAUCCCAAGGCUCCUUCAACCCCCGGAGCAUCCCCAGAGUGUCCCCAAGGUGUCCCCAGUGAGCAUGGAGCCCCAAGAGCUGACCCCGUCCCUGCUGAGGCCACAGGUCACCGUGGUGGCCAUCGUGGGUGAGCUGCUGGCCACCCUGCCCUGGCGGGACGAGGAGAUGCUGCCCAAAUCCCCGGAGUGCCUGUGCUGGGACCUGAUUUGCUUCACCCAGGAGCUCCGGGCCACCCUGCACCGCAUUGAUGACACCUGGAGGCGCCAAAAUGUCACCUCCGUUGAUGAUGACCCUCUCACCUCUGGUGAUGAUGAUCCUCUCACUUCCGAUGAUGAUGACCCUCCCACCUCCCUGAGCCAGCCCCUGGCCGCCUGCAAGAGCACCCCAGGGACUACGUGGGACCAUGUGACAAUGGCAGCCAGCAAGUGGCACAGGUCAGUGUCUGUGCUUGUGAACAGCUGGGCCCGGCUGGCCAGAAAGGCCACCAAGCUCCGCAAUGCCUGCAAGAGGGCGGUCAAUGAGGCGGCCUACAGGGUGGCCGCCUUCACCGCCUGGGAGAGGGAGCUGCAGGACAAGGCUGCCCGUUAUUGGACCGCUCAGGAAGACAUUCUGGAGCUGAGUCAGGCCCUGGGCAGGGAGGAGGGGGCCAAGGUGGUGGCCAGGCGUGAAGCCCAGGUGAGGGAAGAGGCCAUGGAGGCUGCCAGCGAGGCAAGAAGGGCCACCAUGGUGAGACAGAGGAUGGAGGUGGCCCUGGGGCUGCUGGAGCGCUUGGUGGCCGCGUGUGACGAAGCCACCGCCUUCCCUCGGGAGCUGCAGCGCCUGCUCGGGAACAUCGAGGCCCCCCUGGAGGGGACAAAUGAGGCGUCCCCCAAUGUCCCCAAGGCCUUGGUGGGCAAGGUGGCCCUUGCCAAGCUUCUGUGGGAGGCCAACAUCUGUGUGGUUAAGAAUCACCUGGUGGGGACAGUUGAAUACAUCAUCAAGUUCUAUUUCUUUGGUCAUCGCACUGGCCCCAGUACCUGUGUUGUGGCUGAGCGGUGCCAAAGAGCCACCGAGGACAUCACAAGGCUCCUUCGACCCCAGGAGCGUCCCCAAGGUGUCCACAAGGUGUCCCCAGUGACCAUGGAGCUCCAAGAGCUGCAGGCACUUGUGGCCGUGGUGGCCACCCUGGGAGAGGUGGUGGCUACCGUGACUGGGCCACACAGAGCCAAGUGCCUGCGCAAGUCCCCAGACUCCCUGCAAGAGGACAUGAGGAGAUUCACCCCGAGCCUUCAUGCGAUCCUGGACCACGGUGGUGUCACCUCCCUGGGCCACUGUGGUGUCUCCUCCCUGGGCCAGGCCCUGUCCACACUCAAGGUCACCCCUGGGACCACCUGUGCCUGUGCCAGUGUGAGAGCUGCAGCCAGCGCCUGGUGGGAGUUGGUGGCCAGGCUCGUGGACAGCUGGGACUGGCUGGCCAGGGAGGCCACCGAGCUCCGUGACAACCACAGGAAGAUGGUCAUGGACCAGCAGCUGAUGGUGGCCCUGGACAAGGAAGAGGUGGCCUGGGAAAUGGCCACACACGAUGCCCAGGUGGUGUCAGCCACCAAUGAGGCCAUGGCAGAGGCUGGGGUGGCCACCAGGAGAGGACAUUGGGCAGUGAUGGCCCUGGGGCCGCUGCAGCGCUUGGUGGCCACAUGUGACAGAGCCACCUUGUUCAACUGGAACAUGGAGUGCCAGCUCAAGGACAUCGAGGCCAUCCUGAAGGGGACAAAUGAGGUGUCCCCUGAAGUUCUGCAGGCCUUGGUUGCCAAAGUGGCCGUGGCUGAGCGGCUGUGGGGGGCCAGCACCCGCCUGGCCAAGGAUCACCUCUUGGGUGCACUUGGAGACAUCCACGACCUCCUCUUGAGUCCCUGUGGUGACCAUGGUGGCCCUGGUGGCCCCAGCAGCCGCGCGGUGGCCGAGCGGUGCCAAAGAGCCAUUGAGGACAUCCCAAGGCUGCUCUGGGGACAGUGAUGUCACCGCUGUGACAUCAUCGGGGCAGUGAUGUCAUUGGAGAGACUUGUGGACACUUGAGUGCUACCAGCUUCUCGAGUGCCACCAAGAGCCCCUCAAGCACCACCAGUUCCUCAAGUGUCACCAGCAACUCGUGUCACCAAAAGCUCCCUGAGUGCCACCAGCUCUUCGAGUGCCACCAGCUCCUCGUGUCACUAAGAGCCCUUCAAGUGCCACCUGCCUGGGACAGAACUGGAGCCACUGGGCUGGUGGUAGUGCCGUGUCCCUGGUGCCAUGUGUGCGGUGUCCCUGUGUCCCCACAGAUGGGACACGAGAGGUGGCACAGGGGCACGGGGGUGGUAGGAGCAGACAGGGGGUUGCAAAGGGACAGAGGGGACAGCAGAGCCCUCCAGGGUGGGGACAAGGGGGACCCUGGGAGAUCGCAAGUGCCACCAGGUCCCUGACAUCUCCCCUGUCCCCUCCACAGCUGGAGGUGAUGGUGGCCAUGGUGGCCACCCUGGGCAAGCUGGUGGCCACCACGACCAGGCCACACCAGGCCAAGUGCCUGCGCAUGUCUCCAAACUCCCUGCAUGAGGACAAGAGGAGACUCACCCGGAGCCUCCAUAGGACUGUGAACCACAGCAGUGUCACCUCCUUGGGCCACCGUGGUGUCCCCUCCCUGGGCCGGGCCCUGGCCACCCUCAGAGCAACACCUGGGACCACCUGGGCCGAUGUGAGAGCUGUGACCAGCGCCUGGCAGGAGUCGGUGGCCAGGCUUGUGGACAGCUGGGACUGGCUGGCCAGAGAGGCCACCGAGCUCCGUGACACCUGCAGGGAGGUGGCCACUGCUGAGGCCGCUGUUGCAGCCACCACCAAGGCCAGGGACUGGCAGGACACGGCCGCCUGCUUGGGGACAGCUCAGGAAAACAUGGUGGCCAUGGAACAGGAGCUGCCACUGGCCCUUGACAGGGAGGAGGGGUGUCAGCAGUGGCUUCGUUUGAGGCCCAGGUGGUGGUGGCCACAACAAAGUGCUGGCAGCCACCAUGGCCAUGGGAGAGGCUGUGGUGACCCAGAGCCAGGCAUUGAUGGCCACCAGGAGGGGACAGGAGGUGGAGGCCACCCUGGGGCUGCUGGAGCGCUUGGUGGCCACAUGUGACAAAGCCACCGCCUCCCCUGGGAGCUGCAGCGCCUGCUCAGGGACAUCGUAGACACCAUGGAGGGGACAGAGGAGGAGUCCCCCGAUGUCCCCGGGGCUUUGCCAGCCAAGGUGGCCGAGGCUGAGCGGCUGUGGGUGGCCAACACCUGCCUGGCCAAGGAUCACUUGCUGGGGGCACUUGAUGACAUCAACAACAUCUUCAGUUGUGAUUCCAACAGCUCCAGUGCCCCUGUGGUGACUGAGAAGUGCCAAAAAGCCAUCGAGGACAUCCCGAAGCUGCUGCAGGGAUGGUGAUGUCACUGCCAUGACAUCAUCACAGUAGUGACAUCCUCAGGGGCAUUGCUGCUGUCACCUGUCCCCUCCCCGUGCAGUAUUUGAGGCAAAUUUGGAAAAAUUUCUGGGAAUUUUCCUUGAUGAUGUCCCAAAUCCUGAUGGGAAUUCCAGGGGUGAUAUCACUGGGGACACUCAGGGACACUCAGGGACAGGGGACAGGGGUGAAUGAGUCCCCUCAGCAGCUUCCAGCUUUCCACUGUGCCUGCAGCAGAGACAGGUCAUAAAUUGCAAUUUUAUAAUUGGCUUCUGCAAUUCUGCAUUGCCUUUUGCACUUUUGCAUUGCCUUUUACACAUUGCUAUUGAUCACCAGAAAUUUGAUAUGGUGUUUGAUACUGCUAUUAUCAGUGAUUCCUUGUAGCUGCUGGUUGGUGCAAUAUAAUCUAUCAGUUCAUGUGUGCACCGUACAGCCUAUAAAUAAAUAUUUAAAUAUUUAAAUAAAUAAAUAAAUAAAUAAAUA